GCGGGAAGCGUUGGGCGCUGCGUGCCGCUAGGUGCCGCCGCCAGGGAUGGCAAGCUCGGGGAGCCUGGUCCUGCGGCCCUGGAUUCGAGAGCUGAUCCUGGGUUCAGAAACCCUGUCAAGUCCACGAGCCGGGCAACUGCUCAAGGUGCUCCAGGACACGGAGACUCCAGGCCCAUCCUAUGCCCCUGACAAGCCUGACGCCGGGGCCAUGCUGCUUGUAUCGGACGGAACCCACAGUGUCCGGUGCCUGGUAACGCGUGAGGCCCUGGACACCUCGGACUGGGAGGAGAAGGAGUUCGGAUUCAGCGGGACCGAAGGCCGCUUGCUGCUGCUGCAGGUCUGCCGGCUCCGCAUCCAGGUCUCCCAGGGCCGCACGCCUGCUGAGUUCUACCUCCAGGUGGACAGCUUCAACCUGCUGCCCACAGAGCAGCCCCGGAUAGAGGUGAUUGAUUGUAACCAAGACUCAGAUGUGCAGAAAAAGCUCUGUGACUGCCUUGAGGACCACCUUUCAGAAUCCACUUCAUCCAGUGCAGGCUUAACACUCUCUCAGCUUCUGGACGAGGUGCAGGAGGACCAGGAGCAUUGGGGUGCGCUAGUAUGCCUGGCUGAGAGCUGCCUGACUCUGGCAGGCCCUUGUACACCACCCACACUUACCCACUGGGCUGCCUCACGCUGCAAGGCCACGGGAGAAACAAUAUACACUGUCCCCAGCUUAUUGCUGCACAUCUCAGAGAAUGACCAGCAAAUUCUGAGCUCUCUGGACUCAAGUCAAGGAGCACAGGGAACCCCUGCCUUACCCAGCCAUGUGCUGUUGGAGGAAAGUGGCGCCAGCGUUAGCCUUCUGUCAGCCUUGGCUGCUCCAGACCGGGUGCAGAGGGACAGCUCCCAGCAUUUACCAGCUGUCUGCUCACCCUCCCCCAGACCUGAGCCCCCCAGGAUCCCAUCCCCUAGUUGUAUACCUAGCUCCCCACUCCGGAACCAUACCCCCAGUCUUUCACCCCUUGGGCACGCCCCCAGUCAGGCAUGUGUGACCAGAGACCAGAAGCUGAACCUGGAGAAAAGGGGGCUAAGAUUGCCCCUCAAGAACCAGCAGCUUUUUCCAAGGAGUAGAGCCAAAGGAAUCCAGGAGCCCUGCCCUGUCUGGGACCCUCCAAAAAGGCAUUGUGAUGGUUCUGCCUUUCAGUAUGAGUAUGAGCCACCCUCUAUCUCCCUCUGUUCCCAGGUCCAAGCUGCCAGACUUCCUCCUCAGCUUGUGGCCUGGGCCUUACAAUUUCUGAUGGAGCCAACACCUGAAUCUGAGCUAACACAGAUGUGAGGGUCAUACAUUGGGGAGAAUGUGUACAUACAGGUCUGUGCCAAGGAGUGGAAAGACAGUGCUUCACACUCUGUUUCCUUCAAGUUUUUUAAUAAAAUAAUCUCAUGCGGCAGGAAA